AGCUGACGGAGAGGGACGCCGCCCAGCAGUAGACGCUGUCUCAGCCGCCCGUGCCACAGUCGCCGUGGUGUGUGAGUGAGCCCGGAUUCGGCCCCCUCUACCGCCGCCGCCAUGGGCUGCACGUUGAGCGCCGAAGACAAGGCGGCGGUGGAACGGAGCAAGAUGAUCGACCGCAACUUGCGGGAGGAUGGGGAGAAAGCGGCCAAAGAAGUAAAGCUGCUGCUGCUCGGUGCUGGAGAAUCUGGUAAAAGCACCAUCGUGAAACAGAUGAAAAUCAUUCAUGAGGAUGGCUAUUCAGAGGAAGAAUGUAAACAGUAUAAAGUAGUUGUCUACAGCAAUACUAUACAGUCCAUCAUUGCAAUCAUAAGAGCCAUGGGACGGCUAAAGAUUGACUUUGGGGAAGCUGCCAGAGCAGAUGAUGCCCGGCAAUUAUUUGUCUUAGCUGGCAGUGCUGAAGAAGGAGUCAUGACUCCAGAACUAGCAGGAGUGAUUAAACGGUUAUGGCGAGAUGGGGGAGUGCAAGCUUGCUUCAGCAGAUCCAGGGAAUAUCAGCUCAAUGAUUCUGCCUCAUAUUACCUAAAUGACUUGGAUAGAAUAUCCCAAACCAACUAUAUUCCAACUCAACAAGAUGUUCUUCGGACAAGAGUGAAGACCACAGGCAUUGUGGAAACACAUUUCACCUUCAAGGACCUGUACUUCAAGAUGUUUGAUGUAGGUGGCCAAAGAUCAGAACGAAAAAAGUGGAUUCACUGUUUUGAGGGAGUGACAGCAAUUAUCUUCUGUGUGGCCCUCAGUGAUUAUGACCUUGUUCUGGCUGAGGAUGAAGAGAUGAACCGAAUGCAUGAAAGCAUGAAACUGUUUGACAGUAUUUGUAACAACAAGUGGUUUACAGACACUUCAAUCAUUCUCUUCCUCAACAAGAAAGAUCUUUUUGAGGAAAAAAUAAGGAGGAGUCCAUUAACAAUCUGUUAUCCAGAAUACACAGGUUCCAAUACAUAUGAAGAGGCAGCUGCUUACAUUCAGUGCCAGUUUGAAGAUCUGAACAGAAGAAAAGAUACCAAGGAAAUCUACACCCACUUCACCUGUGCCACAGAUACCAAGAAUGUGCAGUUUGUUUUUGAUGCUGUUACAGAUGUCAUCAUUAAAAACAACUUAAAGGAAUGUGGACUUUAUUGAAGAGCAUGGAUAUUAGUGAAAGUUAUUACAGUGUGGAGUGUUGAGACCAGACUUCUUUUGCUGUUUCACAGGACAGCUGCAAGCAUGAACGGGACCAGGGAAUGGCAGCAGCAUGCAGAAUCUUAGCAUUCUUUAGCACAAUCUUCUGUAUUAGGGAACUUUUAAUUGACGUAUGAGGUGAUAAAGUCAGACAUUGGAAUUGGAACCACUGUAAAGUAUGAUUUGAUCAUCAAGCCAUCAGUUGGAUUUCAUAAUCUCAAAUGUUUAGGGCAGAUGUGAAGUUGAGGUGCUGCAUUCCAGAACUUCAGUACGUAGCUUACUCUUUUUUUUCUCCUUCUUAACAAAACCACCAGUAGUUCAUUUUUAAAGGGUUUUUUUUUUCCAUCAAGAGAAGAAUAACUUUACUAAAUUUUAUUUCUUUGUUUGCAAAAGAAUCUUUAUUAAAACACAAACAAUGUUAACUAUGCACAUGAUAUGACCAGAUCAUCUUGAAAAUACUCCUCUUAGUAGGAACUCUUUGUUUUUAACUCUUGGUAUGGUCAGAAUAUAAUAUUUCUGUAAUUACUUAAAAUUCUUUACAAUUCUUGGGGCUAUGAUUGUAGCUUUUUUGGAUUAAAUUUAUGUUACUAUCCUGCUCAAAGUACCAUUAUGGUUUCUAAACGGAAAUUACACUGGAGAGUUCUGCAAUACGAUUCUAGCUCUCUCUUUUUUAAGCUUGUGGUUGAAGAUUAACCUGGUUUAUGCUGAUUCCCAAAUUACUAGAUAAAUACUGAUAAAGUGUGAUAAAGCCAGCUUCUUGGGUAAGACACACCCAGAUUGGCUGCCAAUGAGAAUUACAAAUUACUGAAUUCCAAACCAACGACUUUGCUGCUACAUAUCUAUUAAAUUGACCACUUUGAUUCUUGUGUGUUUGUCUCAGUCAUAGGCAGUUUUGUAAAAGGUGCCCCUUGUUUUCCAUCUUCAUGGCCUUUUCUGUUGGGAGACAUCGACAGUGUAUUAACAGUGCAUGCUUUCACUUUGUAAAUGUGGUGCCAAAUCCCUGUUUGCCAUUGUUUUUAUUGUAGCAAUGUUAACUGUAGUAAUUCUUAGUAUGUUCUUUUGCUGAAACUGUUGCAUUUUGGUACUAUUUUCCACUUUGUCAUGUGUAUAGAUUUUAAUCUGUUAUAAUUGGCAGCAGUAUUAAAAUGGUGAGUAAAGAGUCCA